GUUCUUCUCCCCCUUUCACAGGCGGUGGGAACGGGAGCGCAGGUGGCCGCGGCCGGUGCUCGUAGCCGUCACCGCCGUCAUGUUCCGGUGCCGCGUGGCUGCUAGGCUGGUGCGGGCGCUCGGCCCAAGGUCGCGGGGUCGGGCGGGGGCAGGUAAUUUGUUUCAGCGAUGGAAACUCCCCUUAGAAGCGCAGCUGAGCAGACACAUGGCUGGCUCUGGUGUUCCUGGGGGCAAAAGCGAAAAUGCGGUCUUGGCCUUCCUUGUGGGCUUAACAACCUUAGGAGGAGGGGUCUACGUUUACAGGAUGCUUCAAGAAGACAAGGAGCGUUACAGGGACCGGAUUGCAUUAAUAGAAAUGAGGCGCCAGCAAGAUGGGAAGCCUCCAGCAGAAGCCGAUGCCGCCUCCCAGAGCACAGCAGCCCCCGAAACAGAGGUUAGCACUCGCCCGGAAUGUCCAUCCCAUGCUCCUUUCCUGCUGAUUGGCGGAGGCACCGCUGCUUUUGCAGCUGCCAGGUCCAUCCGGGCUCGGGACCCCGGUGCCAGGGUGCUGAUUGUGUCUGAAGAUCCCGAGCUCCCUUACAUGCGGCCCCCGCUUUCCAAAGAGCUGUGGUUUUCUGAAGACCCCGAUGUCACAGAGACGCUGCGGUUCAAACAGUGGAACGGCAAAGAGCGGAGUAUAUACUUCCAGCCACCUUCUUUCUACGUACCUGCUCGUGAUCUGCCUUACAUAGAGAAUGGUGGAGUGGCCGUCCUCUCUGGAAGGAAGGUGGUCCACAUGGAUGUCCGAGGCAACGUAGUUAAACUUGAUGACGGCAACCAGAUCUCCUAUGACAAGUGCCUAAUCGCCGCAGGCGGUUCCCCGAGGAAUCUUCCUGUGAUCGAAAGGGCGGGCAAAGAGGUGCUGCAGAGGCUUACGCUGUUCCGAAAGAUCGAUGACUUCCGCUCGCUGGAGAAAAUUUCCAGAGAAGUCAAGUCGAUCACCAUUAUCGGUGGCGGCUUCCUGGGGAGCGAGCUGGCUUGCGCUUUGGGCCGGAAGGCACAGUCCAAGGGCCUGGAGGUGAUCCAGAUGUUCCCGGAGAACGGCAACAUGGGCAAAGUCCUUCCCGAGUACCUGAGCAACUGGACCACAGAUAAAGUUAGGCGAGAGGGGGUGAACGUGAUGCCCAAUGCAGUUGUGAAGUCAGUGUCUGUCUCUGGGAACCGGCUGCUAAUAAAACUGAAGGAUGGAAGGAAUGUGGAGACAGAUCACCUUGUGGCUGCUGUGGGUCUGGAGCCCAACGUAGAGUUGGCAAAGUCAGCUGGCUUGGAGGUAGACUCGGACUUUGGGGGCUUCAGGGUCAACGCGGAGCUGCAGGCCCGCUCCAAUAUCUGGGUGGCAGGGGAUGCCGCCUGCUUCUAUGACAUCAAGCUGGGCAGACGACGUGUGGAGCACCACGAUCAUGCCGUCGUGAGCGGAAGGCUGGCAGGAGAAAAUAUGACGGGUGGGGCAAAGCCGUAUUGGCACCAGUCCAUGUUCUGGAGUGAUCUUGGCCCUGAAGUAGGCUAUGAGGCUAUCGGCCUUGUAGACAGCAGCUUGCCCACUGUGGGAGUAUUUGCUAAAGCGACGGCAAGGGACACCCCAAAAUCUGCGACAGAGCAGUCAGGAACUGGAAUCCGCUCCGAGAGCGAAACGGAGACCGAAGCCUCGGAGCUCAAAGUCUCGGCCGCCUCCCCCAACAGCCUACAGGUGCCGCAGCAGGGAGAGGAUUAUGGCAAAGGAGUCGUUUUCUACCUCAGGGAUAAAGUGGUGGUGGGGAUCGUGCUGUGGAACAUCUUCAACAGGAUGCCAAUUGCUCGAAAGAUCAUUAAAGACGGGGAAGAGCAUGCUGACCUCAAUGAAGUUGCGAAGCUCUUUAACAUCCACGAGGAGUGAAUGCUGUGGGCAGCCCUGUGCCCCUCAGGCUACGAUGAAGUUGGAAACAGCGGGGGGUGGGGGGUGGGCAUCCGCUGUGGGCUGUGUCAGCUCUUCUCGUUGCAUGCCCCCCCCUCCUCCACCACCGUCGUGCGUAUGAGUGUUUGUAGUGGCCCAGAGUUCUCUCUUUGCACCAGGAAUAAAGCCGGAUUAACAUUCUAAGUUAAAUC